UAAAUGCUUGUCUUUUUUAUUCCAGACGUCCCAACCUCAGAGCAGCCUGAACUUUUCCUCAAGAAACUUCAGCAGUGCUGUGUCAUUUUUGAUUUUAUGGAUACAUUGUCCGAUCUUAAAAUGAAAGAAUACAAGCGCUCUACUCUGAACGAGUUGGUGGACUACAUCACAAUAAGCAGAGGCUGCCUCACAGAACAGACGUACCCUGAAGUAGUAAGAAUGGUAUCCUGCAAUAUAUUUAGAACCCUCCCUCCGAGUGACAGCAAUGAGUUUGAUCCUGAGGAAGAUGAACCAACUCUCGAGGCAUCAUGGCCUCAUUUACAGCUUGUAUAUGAAUUUUUCAUAAGAUUUUUGGAAAGCCAAGAAUUUCAGCCCAGUGUUGCCAAAAAGUACAUAGAUCAAAAAUUUGUAUUACAGCUGUUAGAGCUUUUUGACAGUGAAGACCCUCGUGAAAGGGACUAUUUAAAAACAGUCUUACACAGAAUUUAUGGCAAAUUCCUGGGACUUAGAGCAUUUAUUCGAAAACAGAUUAACAAUAUUUUUCUACGAUUUGUUUAUGAAACUGAACACUUUAAUGGUGUAGCAGAACUGCUGGAAAUAUUAGGAAGUAUUAUAAAUGGCUUUGCAUUACCUUUGAAAGCGGAGCAUAAACAGUUUCUUGUGAAAGUGCUGAUUCCUCUGCACACGGUCAGGAGCUUAUCUCUCUUCCACGCACAGCUGGCAUACUGCAUAGUACAAUUUCUGGAAAAAGACCCCACACUCACAGAACCAGUUAUUAGAGGAUUGAUGAAAUUUUGGCCAAAAACAUGUAGUCAAAAAGAGGUUAUGUUUCUUGGGGAGCUUGAAGAGAUCUUGGAUGUCAUUGAACCAUCACAGUUUGUUAAAAUCCAGGAGCCUUUGUUUAAACAGAUUUCCAAGUGUGUCUCCAGCCCUCAUUUCCAGGUGGCAGAGCGGGCUUUAUACUAUUGGAACAAUGAAUACAUAAUGAGUUUAAUAGAGGAGAACUCGAAUGUGAUCCUUCCUAUCAUGUUUGCAAGCCUCUACAGGAUUUCUAAAGAACACUGGAAUCCGGCUAUCGUGGCUCUUGUCUACAAUGUGUUAAAAGCGUUUAUGGAGAUGAACAGCACUUUGUUUGAUGAACUGACCGCCACAUACAAGUCAGAUCGCCAGCGGUAA